UAACAGCAUGUAAAAGCGUCGUUAUGCCCUGUGUGCAACACAAAUACAUGCUGAAGUACCUUGAGUCUCUCAAUGGGAUCAGCUGCGUAUGUAAAUUGCUCCACAGCUCUGUUUCUGGGCGAAUCCGUUCCGUUUUGCUUGAAUCCGCCUCUCCGUGCUCGUUCGUAUUGACGCACUUAAAGACUCUUCCCUCAACCUUAAGGCGAGCGGCAGCGACCAAUCACCAAGCCAUUACAGGCUUCAGAGGAAACUGUUUAUGUGACUCCAGAGCUAAUUAGGCUCAUGAACUAACAAAUCGCUAGCACAACUGGUGAGGAACCGAUCACAUUCAUGGAUUGUCUGGAGAAGUCGGCCACCUCUCUCACGAUGUGUUGAGCUGUGUGCUUUUGACAGAUUUUUUUUUACCCUUUCUUUAGCCGCCACUAACUUGCUGACAAAACUUUGGUCUUGGGUGUGGAGUAUUUUUUAGUGCUAACGCGUGUACCGUUUUCACUUAAACUGGGGAAUCUUGACUGGUGAACCAUGUUUCAGCCCACACCGAAGAGGUGUUUUACCAUAGAGUCUUUGGUAGCGAAGGAUAAUCCUUUGCCAGCGUCGAGAUCCGAGGAGCCCAUACGACCAGCGGCUCUCAGCUAUGCAAACUCAAGCCAGAUGAACCCAUUUUUAAACGGCUUUCAUUCCAGCGGCAGGGGCGUCUACUCAAACCCGGACUUGGUGUUCGCUGAGGCUGUUUCACAUCCUCCCAACUCCGCCGUCCCAGUCCAUUCAGUACCUCCUCCUCACGCUUUGGCUGCUCACCCACUGUCGUCCUCGCACAGUCCGCACCCUCUUUUCGCAAGCCAGCAAAGGGACCCUUCAACUUUUUACCCGUGGUUGAUACAUAGAUAUAGAUACUUGGGUCACAGAUUUCAAGGUAAAAGUUUGGUUUCAGAAUCGAAGGACGAAGUUCAAGCGUCAGAAACUGGAGGAGGAAGGUUCGGAUUCACAACAGAAAAAGAAAGGAACUCAUCACAUAAACCGAUGGAGAAUGGCCACAAAACAAGGAAGCCCCGAGGAAAUUGACGUCACCUCAGACGAUUAAAAGACUUAAACUGUUUGAACCCGGGACAGCGGCGUGGCUUGAAGGAUGUCACGGAUAAGGAUGCUGUGUACUGACAGAGGGAGAGGGUAAAGCCAAUAUCACAUUUUGAUUCUUCGAGAUCGGCAGCUUGAGGGUGAGAGAUCCUGUUGGUGGCACUGCUGUCACUACAAGGGAACUGUCAAUAAUUUUCACGUUGCCAAGGCAAGGUGAUUGACAGGUAUUACAUGCAGCCCCCCGCCCCCCAUCACCACACUACCCGCACCACCUCGUCACCACUAUCACAAAACAUAGCUCAAAUGCGCAUAGGACAUUUGCACUUCUGAGGGUUUUUUCCUCUCGUUUUAUUUUUUCAAGACGUGAACCUUCCACAUCAAGAUACCAAAAUAUACAACUGUUUUUUGUAAAACUUGAAUUGCAUGGUAGAGCAAUGAAUUUUUUGGUAGGUUAAUUCAUUCAUUUGACCUUCUUUUUUCAAAGUAAAUUUGUUUUGAUUCUAUUUUUAAUCUGACAAAUGUUGUGUGCUUCUUCCUUUUUUACAACAGUGUGCAGUCUUUGAAUUUAUGAUUCUCGUGUUAAAGUGAUUGUGAAAACAAUAUGAAGUAGCAGUGCUGCGUUAUAGUGUUUUUUUUUUUUUUUUUAAAGAAGUAAGACAAAUUUAAAACCAGAUUAUAAAAACUUUAUUCAAGUUUACCACAUGCAAAAGUAAUUCUAAUGAAAAAUUCUCCAUGACAUUCCUUAAAAAUUAAGCUUUACCAUGACUCCGUAAUCUUGGUGCGAAUAUAUGAUCGGGACUCGCCCCUCCUUUAAAGAGUUGCCUCGAAGGAUUAAUGCAAGAAUUGACGGCCGCCUAGGCAGCAAAACUUCAAGCACUGAGCGUAUUCCAUGUAUAGAGAUACUAAAAGCUAAUGUUUAUGUUAAAUCGUCUUUUACAAGAAUGUAAAUAAUUUUGUGUUUGUGUUAAGUUUGCUACAAUUUUAACACAAAGUAUACUUCCAAGAAGUAUGUAAUUGUCAAUAUUUUGUCAAUAAAGUUUUAUCAAUA